AUGUCACCGGCUGCGCUCGCUCAGCGCAGCGAACCCUCCGCUCCUCUCUCGCAGCAGCAGCUGGUGCUAGACCUGCCACAAUCGCCAAGAAAGAGGCAGAAAGCCUUCUCGACAAUGGUGGUGAAUUCCGUCAAGGCCGGCGACGCGGACAGGGCGUUGCUGCUCUACGGGAAAGCGGCAGAGGUUGGGUGCAUGAUCUCCGAGACAGUCUUCAACGCCGUCCUUAGCGUCUCUAAUGGCGUGCGCGUUCUAUCGGACAUGGUGGAGGCCGGGAUAAAGCCUCGCGAGAACCAUUACGCCUUCCUCCUCAGAGAGGCCGCGUCGAGGGGUGCCUUCGAGGAGGCGUUUUCGCAGGUCCGAGAGAUGGUCGACGGGGGCGUAAGGCCCCGUUUGAGGACGUACUCGCCUCUUCUCAAGGGGCUGUGCCACAAGCCGGACAUGACGUUGGCCUCAGAAGUCUGGUCGCACAUGACGGCGCAUGGCGUGCAGCCUACACCAGAAGAGCAUAUAGACAUGAUCAAAGGUUGGGCGGCGGCUGGGGAGCUCCGGCCGCGAGUGGCGGAUGGGUCGGUAGAGCGGUGCUUGCAACAGCUGGCCGGUAUGGAUUUCGAGCUCAUACCUUGCCGUGAUGCUGGUGCAGCCGCAUCUUGCGACGAUCAUGUGUCUGGCAGCAGCGCGGGUAGCGGUGACCACCACCUCCAGACCCUUCUCUCCGCGUUCAACGCCGACUCCAACUUCGUCUCCAGCGAGAGCGACGUCCAGACGUAUUUUUCAUCACCCCCCCGGGUCGCCAGCGUCUCCUCGGCGUCCCUCGCCUCGGGGGGCGUGUGCGACUGCUGCGGGGCCGCUCUCAAGGUGGUAGGGCUAGACCCCGAGGCGCGCGCGCGCGUCCGCUCGGCCUUGGUGAAGCUUGCGUCGGAGACGGCGUAUCCCACGCCGCCACCGCCACCGGCGCUACCGCUGCCGCCCAAGAGGAGGCAGAGCUCUAGGCUUGACUACGCGUAUGCAGGAGAGGGUCAGGGGGAAAUGGACCGACGGGGGCUGGGGGAGGCAAUGGGCGACCUGGAGCGGUUUGCCGCCUGGCUGGAGGAGAGAAGAAGAGAAGGCGUACACUUUACGACCGUCGUGGACGGCUGCAACGUCGCCUACUACGGCCAGAAUAAGGAGGGGGGGAAGUUCGAGAUCUCACAGGUAGACCUGAUGGCGAGGCAGCUCGAGCGGGACGGGGAGCGGGUGCUGGUGAUCUUGCCGGAGAGGUACUUGCGGCCGUGCGUGCCCAACUCCGCCCGGUCAAGACGGGGCAAGAACCCUUCGUCAGCGUUGAGCGACGAAGAUUUGGAGACGAUCGACCGGUGGCGGCGGCGUCAGAUGCUCUACAGCUGCGCAAACGGCACGGACGACGACCUUUUUUGGAUGUAUUUCACGGUCAGCUCUGACGCCACUGCCAUCGAAGGCGAGGAAGAGGUCACCAACGGUGAUGGAGGCGCCGGCUUACGCGAAAAUCGGCAGGGGUACAAGCCAUCCAAUAGUAACGGUGUAGAUGGGAUAUACGUAGGACGGCAAGAGGCUACGCCACGGGGGGGCUUCGCUGGUGGUGAUGAUGACGAGACGAGGCUAGGCGGCACCGGGGAGGGCGUUGGCCAGGGGGGGGAGCGCGCAAGAACAAGGACGGGGGUCAGUAGUUCGGGAGACGGUUUGGCGGGGCGAUUGACCGUGGUGAGCAAUGACGAGAUGAGGAACCACAGGAUGGCCCUACUCGAGCCGGUUCCGUUCAAGCGGUGGAGGAAAUCGCAGGUGCGUGGUUUCCACUUCCCGGCGAUUUUACCAAACGAUGGCUCCCGCGGCUCGAGCGCGUCAUCAACCGGGAGCAGCAAGAGUAGUGUGGAUGAGGAGAAGGGGGAAAAUACUUCGGAACGAGGGAGACAUAGACCUCCCGAGCAAGGGUCUUCACCACCACUUCCAAUCGUUUGCCCGUCUCCGGCCUUCACGAGGGACAUGCAGGUGCUCAACAAGCACGCGUGGCACAUCCCCAUCGGGGAAGGACAAGACGGAGAGCCGGGCACCAAGUGGCUGUGCAUCAACCUUGCCGCUCUCGUAGAGGAGGAAGAGGACGGCCAGACGGCAGAGCAGCGACCGAGCGAGGUUAUUCCGAGACGAAAAUACCGCAGCUGACGCGGGAUGGUGUACAGAACUAAGGUCAUGACUGUUUUGUUUUUUGUGUCAAGACUAAAUACGUGCACGGAGGUGCGAACGAGAGGGCUCCUCGUCGGAGGACGCUUCCUAACCAAUGAUUUACGCACCGACGUCAUUUGCAGCAAGCACGUACGCUCCGUAUUUGCGGUUGGGGCAUGAGUUGACCACUUAGACUUACGCUUUUUCUCGUCGUAUGGGAAAAGUCCGUAUUUACCCGUUGGUUUCACAACCCUGAAGGGCGGAAGAGAACGCGGGGGAGCCCUCCGCGAACAGCUUUACAACGUACCAAAACUUGUUUUAGGCGCAAGACCUACCUGGUAGUGUUGUUGGCCGGAUUUGCAUGCGUGUUCUUAGCUUUGCACAAAGAUGAUACCCAGGAGCAGCACCUG